AUGCGGAUGGCCCUUUCCACCCACAUGGAAUCAGAGCAUGUCCCAUGUUCCUCAGCUGGUCUCAUUUGGACCUUCGCAGAGGCCAGGGCCUUCCGCAGCAGUGCUGUGCGCCUCUCGGAGGGCCCGCCCUGCGGCACGGCCUGCGCCACGCCGACCAAGUGUGCGCCGGAGAGCACCGCAAAGGCAGACAUCGCGCACAAGGCGGUCGGCAGUGCUGGCGCGACCUACGGGUACUCCAAGAAGUUCGCGGAAGGCUGGGACCGGAUUUUUGCCAAGGGCGCCUCGGCAGCCAUGAUGCUUUCUGGCAUCACCGGCAUGGCAUUGAUGCUGCGGUGCAGGGCUCAGCGGUUCCUCACGCAGGCGGCGGAGGAGCUCCCGCAGCACUGCGUAAACUUGGAGCAGGCAGCUGCCUGGGGCUACAAGCCGGGAGACCGGGUGCAGCGGGACAGGCGUGUGUCCUUCACCAUGCGGCACCUGCUUCCGCGGUGCGCGUGCCAGGGCUGA